AUAUACAUCGAAAGUUACAAAUUUCGUCUAAACAGAAUGAAUUCUACAGAUUUAUAAAAACAAAUACAUCCGAAGUACUUCAACCAAAGUGCAGUUUUAGUUUUGAACAUAACCUUAAAUAAAAAUGUCGAAUGAUAAUAAAAAUCUUUUACAAUAUUUAGCAUUUAACUCAUUUGUAAAUCCAAGUUUCUGGCAUAAGUUAACACAAGUAAAGUUAGAUAUUGAUAAAUUAAAUGACGAUUCCAAAACUAUUUGGGGAUCGUAUACGAAUAUUUUUACACCUAAUAUUAGUUCGAUUCUGGAAGUUGAUUCGACUUCAUUUAAUUUGAAUUUUCAGUCGUCCAAUGAUUUACCAGCAUAUGGAGUGUUGAUUAAUAGGAAUACAAUUGAACAAUUUAAAGAGGAAAAUAAAGUCGACUUAUUGAAUCACUAUGGCUCAAAAUUGUUGGAGAAUAUUAAAAAUGGUGCUGCUAUUAAAAAUCCCGGAUUGUUAGUUAAUUUUUUAAUUUAUUCAUUUGCUGAUUUAAAAAAAUAUAAGUAUUAUUAUUGGUUUGCAUUUCCAAUUCCAUUUAACUUAAAAGUUUUCACAAACGAAAGGGAAUUUCCAGUAGUCAAAGAAUUUUCGGAAGAACAGAUUAUUCAAUUAUACAACGAUUAUUCGAGUUUGACAGAAAUCAGUACAAAGCAAUUCUUUUUUGUUAAAAAAGAAAAUAAUAAAGUUAUAAUUUUAAAUGCAGAAUCAACAAUCAAAUCAGAAUCAAAUGACAAUUUAAAAGAUUUUGAUUUAAAUUUAUUUUAUUUCGCAUUCGCUGAUUCAUCCACCAAUGAGUACGCUGGUUGGCCCUUACGAAAUUAUUUAUUGUUUUUACUUUAUUAUUGUCCAAUUUUAUAUGGAAAAACAAUUAAAAUUUUAUCGUUUCGAUUAACUCCUACAAAAGGGGGUGGUAUUAAUUGUAAAAAUAGUUUAAUUUUUAAAAUUUCCAUUCCAAAAUAUGAUGAAACAAAUUUUAUGGAAACUGUUUUUCCGCCCGACACUCAUCAUUGGUCUGGUUGGGAGAAAAAUGAACGUGGUAAAUUUGGACCGAGGUUAACAAACAUGAAUACCACAAUGGAUCCCAAAAUUUUAGCUGAAAAUUCAGUUGAUCUGAAUUUGAAAUUAAUGAAAUGGCGAAUUUUACCAAAUUUGGAUUUGGAACUGUUACAAAAGAAAAGAUGUCUACUACUAGGAGCUGGUACUUUGGGAUGCUCAGUAGCUCGAUCACUUUUAGGUUGGGGUGUUAGAAAUAUCACGUUUGUUGAUAAUGGAAAAGUAUCAUUUUCUAAUCCAGUACGACAGAAUUUAUAUACGCACGAGGAUUGUUUAAAUGGAGGAAAAGAUAAGGCCUUAGCCGCCGCUGAAAAUUUAAAGAAAAUAUUUCCCGGAGUUAAUUCCGAAGGAUUUGUUAUCAGUAUUCCAAUGCCAGGACACACUGUUGGUGAAAGUCUUCUAAAGGAAACUAAGGAAAACGUUGAAAAACUGAUACAAUUAAUAAUUGACCAUGAUGUAAUUUUUCUUUUAACGGAUUCAAGAGAAAGUCGAUGGCUCCCAACAGUUUUAGGUUGUUUUUAUAAAAAGAUUGUAAUGAAUGCAGCAUUAGGUUUUGAUACGUAUUUAGUCAUGCGACAUGGUAUUCAUGGCGACUAUGAAGGUGAAUGUAGCAGCUUGUUAAAGGAUAAAAUAUUUGAUGUUAUUCCCGGUAGUCAAUUAGGAUGUUAUUUCUGUAAUGAUAUUACAGCACCUGGAAACACUAUGAAAGAUCGUACAUUAGAUCAACAAUGUACGGUGACUCGGCCUGGAAUUUCAUCGAUUGCCGGAUCACUGGUUGUCGAAUUAAUGGUGUCUAUUUUACAACAUAAAAAUGGAGCAAAUGCUAAAGCUUAUUUAAAACAUGAUCCAAAUACGAUAGGUGAUCGUGGUGAUUUUUCAAAUGAUGAGAGUUUAUUAGGAAUUGUACCUCAUACAAUAAGAGGAUUUUUAUCCUCCUUUUCAAAUGUUUUACCGGCUACGCCUAAAUAUGAUCGAUGUAUUGCAUGUUCGGAUGUCAUUUUGACCGAAUACGAAAAAUUGGGUUUUGAUUUUAUAAUAAAAGUAUUAAAUUCUGCCAAAAUUUUAGAAGACUUAACUGGUUUAAGUGAAAUUCAUAAUAUUAAUGACUUAAAUGAGAUCUGGGAGAUGAGUGAUUCCGAAGAUGAAAACACUUAAAUUGCUUUUAUUGGAUAGAAGAUAUUCACUCUUGCCGUGUUGUUGAAUGUGGCCUUUAAACGAAGAAAAGCUUCGCAAAUAUGCAUUUUACGUUCGUUAUAAUAGAAGAGGAAUUUUCUUAUAACGUAUUUUUAUUUUUUUAAAUUUCGUUCUAUAUUCAUGACGUUUUAAAACAGUGUAAAUAUUUUUGUUAUUGUUUUCUUUUAUAAAAUUUUAUUGAGUUGUAAUAUUGUUAAAAUUUAAAAAG